CGCUUCGCGAUUCACACACGCAGCCCUUUCUCCAGCGACCACCGCGCCUCCGGCAGCUCAUUUCCGGCGCCGUCUUUCCCGUUUUCCGGUGACAUUAGGCUAGUUUCGCCUUCUCUUGUGUAAAGCCUUCAAUCUUCCGAUUCCAAAUUUGAGCUUCAAGGCCACUGAAAAUCGAGUAAAUCUCAAUGACUACUGAUCACAAUCAAGCCCCAUCAGAUGAUGAAGUCAAAAAAAGAUGUUGGGAUCAAAGAGAAGCCUUGCCUGGAGAACCAAUUUGUGCUGUAUGCGGCCGCUAUGGUGAGUACAUUUGUGAUGAGACCGAUGAUGAUAUUUGCAGUCUCGAGUGUAAGCAGUCUCUUCUCAGUCGGUUAUCAAAAUCAAAGGCUUCACGUGAGCAACCAUCCCCGGAAAAACUUCUAGCAAUGGAUGAAUGCUACUAUGUUCGAGAUGGAAAUAAUGAAUCUGAGCCUCGAUGUCUAAGCAAUAGGCAGACUGAGUUGCUCAGGAGAAAGCUUGAAAUAUCCGUACAGGGAGAUAAUACCCCAGACCUUGUUCUGUCAUUUGCUUCGUGUAAUCUUCCUCAUAAGCUCCUUCUAAAUCUAGAAGCAGCAGGAUAUGAAAUGCUGACUCCUGUCCAAAUGCAGGCAAUUCCAUCUGCACUAUUAGGCCAGAGUUUGCUCGUCUCAGCUGAGACUGGCUCUGGGAAAACUUGUUCCUUCCUCGUCCCAGUUAUCUCUCAUUGUACAAAGGUAAAUAACAACCCACAAAGGCCAUUAGCAAUGGUCCUCACACCAACGAGAGAGCUCUGUAUACAGGUGGAGGAACAGGCAAAGUUACUUGGUCAAGGUUUACCUUUCAAAACUGCCCUGAUCGUCGGUGGUGAUGCCAUGGCGGGACAAGUUCAUCGAAUCCAGCAGGGUGUUUCUAUGAUUGUCGGGACCCCAGGGAGGCUUGUUGAUCUUCUCACCAAGCAUGAAUUUGAAUUGGAUUCUAUAUCAAUUCUAGUGAUCGAUGAAGUGGAUUGCAUGAUCGAGAGGGGAUUCCGUGAGCAAGUCUUGCAGAUUUUCUUGGCUUUGUCCAGGCCCCAAGUGUUGAUGUACUCUGCGACAAUCUCAAAAGAAGUUGAGAGGGUGGCUGGUUCGAUGGUGAAAGAUCUUGCUGUUAUAUCAGUUGGCAAGCCCAGCAAACCUAGCAAGGCUGUCAAGCAGCUGGUGAUAUGGGUAGAGUCAAACAAGAAGAAGCAAAAGCUUUUCGAUAUACUCACAAGCAAACAGCAUUUCAAGCCGCCGGUCGUGGUGUUUGUGGGUUCCAGGCUCGGGGCUGAUCUCCUCUCUGAAGCCAUAACAAUAAAAACUGGGGUGAAAGCUGUAUCAAUACAUGGAGAGAAAAAAAUGAAGGAGAGGAGAGAUAUAUUGAGGUCAUUCUUGGUUGGCGAGCUCAGUGUGAUUGUGGCCACAGGAGUAUUGGGGCGGGGGAUCGACCUGCUGUCUGUGCGGCUGGUGAUCGUGUUUGACAUGCCGAAUUCCAUGAAAGAAUACGUGCACCAGAUCGGGAGGGCGUCGAGGAUGGGAGAGGAUGGUGCAGCUAUGGUGUUUGUGAAUGAGGAGAACAAGAAACUGUUUCCUGAGUUGGUGGAGCUCUUAACACUGAGUGGCGCUUCGAUUCCUCGCGAGCUAGCCAUUGCGAAUUCACGAUGCUCAGUCUCAACCAGCAAGUCUCACAAGAAAAGAAAGUAUGCUCACUCAAGGUAGCUUUUUCCUUUCUGCACAAGACAUGAAUCACUCCUUUUUUCUUCGAUGAGAAUUGAGCGAUACAUUUUUUGAUAGGUUUAUGUUUGAGGAUUGUAUAUGUCAUGUUUAUAGGAGAUGACAGGAAUCAUGGUUUUAUUAAUUGCAUCUUUUUGCUUUAGUGUAUGCAAAUGAUGUUUAAUUGACUACGAUGUUUCGAAGUGACCCAAUACAUUGUUUAAUUUUAUUUGAUUAA